AUGGGGGGGGGAUCUAUUGUAUGUUUGUUUUUGGGUUCUUUCUCUUUCCUGCAGGAAAAUGGGCACGUGAAGGCCAACGGAGAUGCAUCUCCUGCAGCAGCUGAGGCAGAAAAGGAGGAAGUCCAGGCUAACGGAAGCGCUCCUGCUGAGGAGACGCCAAAAGAGGAGGCAGCAGCAGCCGCCGAGCCCGCUCCAGAGAAGGAAGCUGCCGCCUCCACCGAAGGGGAAAGUGCAGAACCAGCCUCUCCAGCUGAAGGAGAGGCCUCUGCCAAAACAGAAGAAGCCGGUUCCACUUCCACACCUUCCACCAGCAAUGAAACCCCCAAGAAGAAAAAGAAACGGUUCUCCUUUAAAAAAUCUUUCAAGCUGAGUGGCUUUUCUUUCAAAAAGAACAAAAAAGAAAACAAUGAAGGGGCAGAGGCUGAGGCAGCAGCUGCCUCCAAUGAGGGAGCAAAGGAGGAUGCUCCUGCGGCUGCGCCAGAGGCAGCCAAUGAAGAGGCAAAACCAGCACAGGAAGAGGCUCCUGCCAGCAGCACAGAGGAAAAGAAAGAGGAGGCAGCUGCAGCAGCCGCCUCACCUGAGCCCCAGGAGACCAAAACUGAAGAGCCUGCACCAGAAAAGCCCACAGAAGAGGUAAAACCAGCCGAGGAGCCAAAGUCUGAGGAGAAACCAGCAGAAGAGGCCCCUGCUGCUGCUGCUGCUGCUGCUCCAGAGGCCCCAUCCACUGAACCAGAGGCACCAAAAGCUGAAGAACCAGCAGCUCCUACACAGGAAGCUACAUCUGAAUCCAGUCCAGCAGCUGAGUCAGCAGAGUAA